AUGAAACGAAAACCUAGUCUUCGAAUGGUAAUGGUGGCUUUAGUGGUGUCACUUGGUGGCUCAUUUCAUUUCGGUUACCAACUGGUGAUCACCAAUCCUGCUCAAAGCGCCUUUAUGCAAUUUUUAAACGAAUCUCUUCAAUCCGAACUUCAUAUCAAUGCCAGCGACAACGCUCUGUCUCUUAUUUUUCUUCACAAAUGCAAGGCCUCAAAAUCUGCUAUUAAGGAAGAACAAAAACGCUACACUAAGAUCUACACAAUGAUAGACGUCAUGAAGAAGGGAUCAUUGAGGAAAAAGACAUUUAUUGGUAUGGUAGUGAUGUUCGCCAUGUCAUUCAGUGGUGUCUCAGUGAUUAACGCAUAUGCUGUAGAAAUCCUGUUAAGCACAGGACUCAAGUCACUCGAGGCAUCCCUAGCUAAUGUUGGCAUAGCCUUGGUCAGCGUGUUUGCCAUUGUGAUCUCGUCCAUGGUUGUGGAUAAAUUUGGCCGCCGACCUUUGCUUUUGUUGGCUUUUGUAGGCUGUUUGAUCUGCAAUCUGUUUAUAUUUGCACUUAUGCUAACGUUCGACAAAACAGGGAAUAAUAUAUUCGGCUUUAUUUUGAUAUUCGUGAUCUGCGUCUUCAUAGUGUUCUUCGCUAUUGGACCUGGUCCCUUAUGCUAUUUCAUUACCGCUGAGCUGGUCGGUCAAGCAGCUCGAAGCGGAGCACAAAGUUGGACAAGUGUUGUGCAGAUGCUA